AAGGGCGAUAAUUAAUUUCUUUAAUUUCGUUAAUUAAAUAUUUUGUAAUUCACCGCACGCGUCGCUGCGAUCGCGUUCUUACGUAUGACACUACUAUUGGUCAUCUAACCUCUUUAUUUGAAUCAUGUAUAAAAUUUGAAAUACACGUUCCCGCGCUGACACAGAUCAGUGUAUACACCUAUGCGGAAAAAGUCUCUGAAACAUUCAGUUAAUUUGAUGACAGGAUAAAAUGACUAUCCGGGUUUUGGAUAAUAAUACGGUGAAACUAAUAACGACUACGCAAGUUAUAACUUCGAUAUCGAACGCUGUUAAAGAAUUAGUAGAAAAUGCAUUGGAUGCGAACGCUAAUACCAUUGAAAUUAAUUUGGUGGAUAAUGGGACUACUUUAAUCGAAGUGAAAGAUAACGGCUGUGGUAUUCAUAAAGUGGAUGCACCUUAUAUGGCUGCAUCUUCUUGCACCUCCAAAAUUAAUGACUUCUCUGAUCUGGAUUCCUUGGAAACGUAUGGAUUCAGGGGUGAAGCAUUGUACGCGUUAAGUGCAGUAUCAGAUCUUACAGUUAUAUCUAAAACAAAAGACGAGGAAGUUGCUACAUCUUAUACCAUUGAUCAUCAUGGAUGUAUUAUAAAAUCUGAGCCUUGUCACAGAGCUACAGGAACAACCAUUCAAGUUAGGCAAUUAUUUAAGCAAGUACCUGUACGAAGACAAUUGAUAACUAACUCGAAAAAAGUUUCUCAAGAUCUUAAAGUAUUAGAAUCAUUAAUUAAAAGCUAUGCAAUGUGUAAAUACACGGUAAGAAUAAAUUAUAAAGUAGAUGGCAAUAUUAUAUUUGUAAAACCUGGUAUGCAGACUCUUGAAGAAGCAGCAUCGUGUGUCCUUGGAAAAAAGGUGACCUCAAAAAUGGCAUGGGUAGACACUGAAGAUGCAGAGAUCAGAAUGAAAUUAAUGCUGCCUGUUAAAGAAACUCAAAAUGUAUCCGAAGAAAUCCAAACUGGAACACAAUACGUUUUUGUAAAUAAUAGGCCUAUUAAACAUAAAGAUUUAGAGAAGACCGCGAGUAAAAUAAUACUGGAAGCUUUUGGAUAUGAUUCGUCGUCCAAAAAACGGCCAAUAUUUCUUCUAUACAUGUUGGUAAAUGCUGGGAAUAUUGACGUUAAUCUGGAACCAAAUAAAACUUCCAUUUUAUUCAAAGAUCAGCAAAUAGUUCAUGAUGCACUCGAUAAACGAGUAAAAGAUUUCUAUGGAAUACAAGAAGAAAAAACUUGUCAAAACGAGCCUCAAGAUUCGCAAAGCGAGUACCUAGACUAUACGCAAAGAACAAUCGUUGAUGAUGAAGGACCUGAAUGGCCCGCGUGUAAGAAACGAAAAUUAGUCACAGAAGAAAACGUUGAUGAAGGUCCUGAGGAAUGCGCUUCUGAAUUAAAACAAGGUGACAACAAUGCCAACCAAGAUUCUAAUUUUGUCGCACGUAUGAAUCCCGAAUGCGAUAAACAAGUGGAAACAGCCGAAAAAGAUAAUUUAUGUUCCGACCAGAACAAGAAUAAUGAUGGAUAUGAAAAAAAUAUAAUAGACCUGUUACCUGUUUUAAAUUUAAGUGAUUCGGAUUCAGAAGAUUCUCAGGAAUUGAAUAAAGGAAAUGUAGCGGAAAAUGUAGACGAUGACAGUCCUCCCUUCGAAUUAGACUCACAAUGCGAAACAUUGAGUCAAUUGCCCGUUGUGGAUUUAGGCGAAGAUUUUGAUUGGAAUAAUUACUCGACUACGGAUACUGCAGAUACAAGUGAGAAAGAAAACGCAAGGCAGAAUGAAAAUACAUCAGUCUCACCAGUACAGAAUAAAUCAGGUGCGAAAAGGCAGAGUACAUUAAUCAAAUGGAGCAAAGGACGCAUGUCCGAUUUAAAGGGCGGUACAGAUGUGCAGCCUUGUAACGAUGCCAAGGUCAAUGAGGAAUUACAAAGUGAUUCGUAUCGCAAAAAUAUAUGCGACGGUUUCAUCAAGUUUACUAAAAAAAUCAGACCACAACUCUUAGAAAAAAAUCCUGACCUGUCGAUAGCCCAAACUGCAUUAAUGCUAAGUGAGCUCUGGAAAAAAUUAUCAUCUGAAGAACGCGGUUACUACAGAGAUGUCGCACAUGAAGAAAAGUUGGAGUUUGAAAAACAGAAGCAGGAAACGAGUGAAAAGGAGAAGCAGGAAGCUGAGAAAAAACAGGCACUAGAUUCUAAAAGGACGAGAAAUAGAUUGUUGAAAGCAUUGGACAAGAUGAAGGAAAAAAAUUCUGAAAACAAGAAAAAUUUGUUACUGAGGACCAUUGUUCCAUGGGACAUGGACUUGAAAAAAGUGACUGAGAGUUUCCUUGAUAAUCCAACAUGUGAAAAUAAUAAUCUAAUUGUUGGAACUAUGAGCCCUGAUUUGUACAUUGUUCACAAAUACACACAGAUUUGGCUUCUAAACAUUGUACGGCUUAAAAAGGAGUUAAAUGUAUCUGCUACUGGUGUACAUGAGGGAGGUGCAUCUAAUACAGAACAACUUUUGAAACAGUGGUUUUCUACGAAAGACGAUUUGUCAGUGUUAUAUCCACUGCAUGUAUUAUCUUAGUCUGAACUAUACAUUAACAAUUUGUUUAAGCAUAAGUGUUCUGUUAAGUUUAAAAUAAAAAUGUACCUGUUGAUCGUUUUACUUUGUACAUACAUUUUCAUGUCAGAAUAUUUAAAU